AUGUCAAAUAUGGACCCGUCGAAAGAAUUGACAGAGCUUCGGAAGGGUUUUGUUGCAACAUUGCGUAAGAAUCCUACUCGUCCUUGCUCACUCGAUAUAGCUUUGGAGACUUUACAGUUCCUACGGAAGGUUAUACUUUUUAAGAAAUAUGAGACAAUUACUGAUUUAUUGGAAGCCCUUAAUUCCCAUGGCAGAUGGAUUUGUGCUAUGGUUCCCACCGAGCUCGUAAUCCGAAAUGUUUUGAUGAUGGUUGCAAAAUUAGCUCGGGAUGAAAGCGUUCGAAUCAUAUCAGGUGAACCUACUCCCGCAUUUGACUCCUUAAAUAAGUUGUGGACGAAAAGCGAGAGUAGCAAUGGAUCAGCGAGCGGCAUGAAAUUAAAGAAAGGACUCAUGCAAGCCCUAAACGAGGUGUCUUCGGAGAUGUCUCUAUGCUGUGAGAAUAUAGCUGCUCGAGCUGGAGAUCUCAUAAAUCCACAAGAUAUACUAGUAGUGCAUCACCUUAAUGAAUCACCCACGUUAGCAGCAUUUCUCGAAUCAGCGCGAGCCACACGGAAGCAUAGGGUACUUAGUGUUGUUCAUAGCAGUGAAUUCGAUUCAACUCCUGAAUUUGCGACUCCCAUACCAUUGUUUGACGUUGGAAGCAGAAUGUGUGAAGUCACUAAGGUGUUAUUACCCGGCAUUGCUGUUUUUCCCGAUGGUUCUUGUCUAGUACCAGCUGGUGGAUUAGCAAUUUGUCUCUCUGCUCAAAGACAUUCCGUUCCCGUAUACGUUCUUGCUGCUUUUUAUAAGAUUACUCCAUUUUUCGUCCCUGAUCCAAUGAUGGUGAAUCCGAACAAAGCGCCUGGAAUUGGAUUUUCACAUGCACUAGGUUUUUCGGGCUUAGUGGAAGUGCCUCGCCCGUCUUUCGAUCUUCUCCCAGCGUCUCUCGUUACCCUCUAUAUAUCGAAUUCUGCAUCUAUACUACCGUCACAUGUGUACAGGUUGAUCGGUGAUUACUACCAUCCUGAUGAUGUUACCGAUGCGUGA